AUGAGCCAAGCACCAGUAAAAAAGGAGGUUGCUGUAAAACAUGAAAAUAGCGACUCUGUACCACUGGAUCCAUCUAUUGGGAAUGAUAAAUAUUCUUCAGACGAUGGAUGGCAAGAAAUUCCAUUGAAACGAUGUACCAAUGAAGAGCUUAAUGAUGUCCGUUAUCAUAUAAUGAGAUUUCAGGCAAAGCAAGACGUGGAUAUAAUGAAAAACUUUACAAGGCCGGUACGCUUGCAUAGAAAAGAUCCUCGUAACAUCCAAUUUCAUCUUACGAGAGAAGAAAUAGAUAAGAGAAAGAAAGAAGAGGAGGAGGCAAAGCGCGAGAAGGAAAGGGAAGACAAAGAAGCUGAAAGGGUUGCCAUCGAAAACGGAGAGGAUCCGUCAACAAUAAAUAAAGGAGAACCGGAUAUGUCCCAAGUAGCGCCUGAUGGUGGUGCCCGAAAAGCAAAGAAGAACUUGUUCAAGAGAAAAACAAGGCAGAUUAAUUUAAUGGAUGACAAAAAGAGAAAACUAAGAUAUGAAGAGUAUUAUCCAUGGGUUAUUGAAGACUACGAUGGUAAAAAUGUCUUUGUAGGAAAUUAUGAAGCUGGAUCAUCCGAUAGUCAACAUGUUUUAUUUGUAUUCGACAAAGAUGGUUUUAAAAUGGUCCCUGCUGAAAAGGUUUAUAAAUUCACUCCACGUAAUAGGUAUGCUACAUUGACUUUGGAGGAAGCUGAAGCCAAAAUGGAAAAGAAUUCAUCGGUUCCGAGAUGGUUAAUGAAGCACAUGGAAGACAAAUCUGCAUCUGAGAGCACUCCUGAUUUAAGGUUUAGAAAUCUUGCUAAUCGCAAGUCGGAAAAUCCAGUAUCAAGAAAAGGUAAAAAUAUGAGAACUGUUAUAGGUGAUGCUUCAACGAAUGAUAGAGAUUCAGAUCAUGAUGAUCUUGAUUUCGAUGAAGAGUUUGCCGACGACGAAGAAGCUCCGAUUAUGGAUGGGGACGAGGAAGAAAAUAAAUUAUCAGAGCAAAAGAUUAAGAGGGAAAUGAUGAAAGCUGCACACUUUGAUGGCCAAUCUGAUGCAGAGGGAGAUGACGAUUUAGAUGAUCUUUUUGAGACUGAAAAAUCUAGAAAAGUGGAUAAAGAAGGUAAAAAGUUGAGAAAAGUGUUGAACAAAACGGAGGGUGGAGUAUAUGACAGCGAUGAAGACGAAAAUUUGAACCCAUACUUGUCAAAAUCUGACUUAGAAAGCUCGGAGGACAGUGAUGACGAGGCUCCUAUCAAAAAAGAACCAGAAGAAGGUGUAAUGAAUAACGAACAGUCCCAGCAAACAAGGGCAAUAUUUUCGCACUACGUUGGAGAUGGCUUUGUAGUGAUUACAGCACCCCAAGCAUUUUUAGAGGGAUUUCCAAAAGGAUCCUGGAAUCCAAAUGGACGGAAAAGACCAUCAUCCAAUAAUAAGCCAGUUUCUAAGAAAUCCAAGAUAGAUGAUCAAAUGUCAAACACUACGAAGAACGACCAUCCUAGGAAAUCUCCAUCUCCUCCACCUCUGCAAAUUACUACUGACUUGAACUCUGCCGGUCCUGGUAACAAUUUGGUAACUAUACAUGAGGUGAUACAUAUAAUUAAACAAAACAAGCCAUUGACAACAAAGGAGUUAUUACUACUUUUGAAAAGCAGGAUCAAUGCCGAUAAGGAUAACAAGCAGCGCAUUUUCAGUAUUGUCAAACAAAACUUGAGGUUGUCGCCAGAUGGCAAGUUGGUUCUAAAGGAGUAA